UCCCGUAGCUGCCUUGUGAUAUCUGUGUCAGUAUGACCACUCGGCUCCCUCAAUAAAGAAUGAGGACAUCAUGGAGAAAAUAGACAAACAUGAGGAUGGCAUCAGGUGUUAUUGACGAAAGCAGAGAACAUGAAGCUUUCUUCAGUAUGACCACAAUGCAGCGUCUACACUAUAUCAAUUACGACGGAUGGAGUAAGCUGCUUAUGAAAGGACCGACGGAGAACCUACAACCAAAUCCCCUCCCCUCAGUCCACUGCCCCCUCUGGAGGAUAAACUGUUCCUUUUCCAAGAUCUACUUACAUCCCACAAUUAAUCCCACCCUCACUUUUAAGGAAUAACUACAAAAUAUACAAACAAUGGCAGUUUUAAAGGUAAAGUUUACUAAGACCAGGAGGGACAAGCUGGCCCAGAUCCUGUGGAUCCUCAACUGGAUCUCAGUGGUUACAGGGGUCAUCCUGUUCAGCCUGGGGCUCUUCCUCAAGGUGGAGCUCAAAAAGCGUGAAGAGCUGAUGGCAGAGAAGGACAUCCAGUAUGUUCCCAACAUGUUGAUAGCUGUGGGCCUGAUUGCUUGUGUUAUCAAUUUCCUGGGUGGGAAGAUCUGCUAUGACUGUGUGGACUCCACCAAGUUCAUGCGCUGGAAGCUGAUCAUGCUGCCCUACAUUGUGUGCACCUUCUUUUUCACCCUGUGCGUGCUUGUGGGGGCUCUGAUGUGUUACAGCAUGCACUGGGAGCUAGAGGAGGCUCUGAACCUGGGCCUGAUGCAGGCUAUGAGGUUCUAUAAGGACACAGACAUGCCAGGACGCUGCUUCCUGAAACACACUGUGGACACACUGCAGAUACAGUUCCAGUGCUGUGGGAACAGCGGCUACAAAGACUGGUUUCAAAUUCAGUGGAUAAGCAACCGUUACCUGGACAUGUCCAAAAAAGAAGUCAUAGAUCGACUGAGAAGUAAUGUAGAGGGGAAGUACCUGAUGGAUGGCGUCCCAUUCAGCUGCUGCAAUAUCAACUCACCUCGGCCCUGUAUCCAGCAGCAGCUUACCAACAACUCAGCCCAUUUCAACUAUGAGCAUCAGACCGAGGACCAGAACUUGUGGAUGAAAGGCUGCCGACAGGCACUGCUGGAGUACUACACCCACAUUAUGCAGUCCAUUGGCCUUACAGUCCUCAUUACCUGGCUCUUUGAGCUGUCAGUGCUGACGGGUGUUCGGUACCUCCAGACCUCCCUGGAAAAUGUGCUGAGGCAGGGAGACCCCGACUCUGAAUCUGAUGGUUGGCUGCUGGAAAACAGCCUCAUGGAAACGGCCCGUACCAACCUGAGCAUCAUAAAAAGCCUCGGCAAGAGCAACCAAAUAAACACAGCCAACAAUGGUGACCCCAACAUCGAUGUCCCAUCCACCUCAAAGGCACAUUAUGGGCCAGAUAAUGUUCCCCCAAAGGAGAAGAUGGAAACAAGCUAAACAUUUCAGACUUAAAGACCGUACUGAAAAAUAUCUCCAAUCCUCUGAGCUUUUGUUCUGCUCUCAGCAGAGGUCUUGAAAUAAUGCAUUGUCUACUUUUUUAAGAUCUGUUAAUGAUAUUAUAUAUUAUACUAUUCAUAUUAGGACAUGAUUCAUUUUACUACUCAACUAUAGUUCAUGGACUAAUUUACUUGUUGCCAUGUUGGAUUCUUUUGGUGACAAAAAAUGGAGUGAAAAGGUUUGCCAUAACCAGACUGACACCAUGUCAACUUAACAGAAUAACUUGUCAGUGAAAGGGGCCUUGCCAUUAAUAAUGUUUAAUCGUGCUUGUUUUAUUAAAAUCCAAACUUUUGGAUGCAAUGGUGAAGUAAAGUACUAAAUCUGUAAAAAUGUCUAAUGUUUAGUUGAUAACUUUUUACAUGCUUAGUGUUAAACCAAUGUUUGGGUAGAAGAUUUGUUCUAUGCUUUCAAUUGAAGACUCACAAGUUCAAUCAUCUAUAGUAAUCUGGUCACUUUUUGUUGACAAAAUGCAAUCAAAACUUCCUAAAUCUAGGAAGAUUUAGAUUUAUAUUCUUGAGCCACAUUUAUCUUUAUUCUAUUUGUGCUGGUCACCGUACAUCAAAUUUAUAAAAAUCCUCAUCUUACAGAAAAGCAAAGUAAUAUACACUGCAAAUGAGUAUAAAAUCUAUGAACUGAUUUAAGCGGGAC